UGUAAUGGCAUUUUGGGAAUUACCUGCGCUUCUUGCGAAUCGUUUUGACGGCUGACGGCAAACCAAGUUUAUUUGCGCAGAGAGGUGAGAAAAUAUCUCAGUUUAUGGUUAAGUAGUUGAGUUGACAGACAGUCAGACAGACACAGAGACAGAUAGCUGGAUAGCUAAUAUAGUUACAUACAUAGAGAUAGCUAUAUGGAUGGAUGGAUGGAUGGCUGGCUGGAUGAAUGAUUGUAUGGAUAGCCAGUUAGCUGGGGACGCGCCUUAGUUUUUGCCGCUUUGGUGUGGCCCAUAAGUAACUAUUUAUGAAUUAAGCAAACAGCUUGAUGAGCUCCAAAGUGUCGCUGCUCUGGCUGCUGCUGCCGACGUUGACGUCGUCUGCCGAUCGGGUCCAGCGUAAAGCAUAAGAUUUGUAUUAUUAGAACUACACACACACACACGCACACAAUAGCCAGCUUGAGGUAAGGGACAGCGACUCAGUCGCGACGCCGGCUGCUGGCGUUGGCCUAUAAAUUUGUGCGUAUCGCCAUCUGGGGACAUCAGUUGAGUUUUGUCUAGUCCAGGCAGUAGACGCAACCCCCCCAAUAGUGCGCAUUCCAUUGAAGAUGAAGCUCUUCGCUUGUAUUGCUGUUGCCCUGCUGGCGCUCGGCACGCCCGCCCAAGCCUUCCUGGGCGCCAAGUUGGCUUUGCUCAGGGCCAUUAGCGGCGGUGGCGGCAGCGGCGGCGGCGGCGGCGGCUAUGGCGGUGGCGGCUAUGGCAGCGGCGGCUACUCGGGUGGCUACAACCAGGGCUACUACACACAGCCCAGCCGUCCGGUGUACAACAACUAUGGCGGCGGCUAUAGCAGCAGCGGCAGCAGCAGCGCCAGCAGCUACGGCGGCGGCUAUGGUGGCGGCUAUGGCGGCGGAUAUGGCGGUGGCUACGGCGGCGGCAACGAGCAGGUCAUCAAGGUCAUCAAAGUGGUGGAGCAGCCCCAGAGCUUUGCUCGUUCCAGCGGCGGCUACGGUGGCGGCUACGGUGGCGGCUAUGGCGGCGGUUAUGGCGGCGGCUAUGGCGGCAGCAGCAGCUAUGCCAAUGCGGGCAGUUACUCCAGCGCCGUUUCUCAGGCUCCUGCUGUGACCUACAGCGCACCGGCACCAGCUCCAGUUCCAGUUACAUACGCGGCACCAGCGCCAGUUACCUACUCGGUGCCCGCACCACAGCCCGCUCCGAUUUCCUACUCAGUGCCCGCACCCCAGCCCGCUCCAAUUACCUACUCAGUGCCCGCACCGCAGCCCGUGGUGCGUGUGCUGCCAGCGCCGGCGCCCGCUCCAAUUACCUACUCGGUACCCGCGCCGCAGCCCGUGGUGCGUGUGCCCGCACCCCAGCAGUACGUGAAGACCAUCAAGGUAAUUGUCGAUGAGGACAACAGCGGCAUCAACCGUGUGCCCAGCCCAGUCUAUGGCGCACCCGCGCCUGCAGUCUCCAGCUGGAGCAACGCUGGUGCAUCGGCAGGAGCCUACAGCAACGAUGGCUGGCAGAACGCUGGCUCCGGCUACAACAAUGGCGGCUGGAAGAGCGGCGGCAUCUGGGAGAAACUGGCGGCCGGCUGCUAAGCUUGGCGGCAAUCCCUAAACUCUCCUUCCCCAAUCUCCCUCCCAAACGGACUUGUUAAACUAUCUAGCCAACGAUCUGUGCACCUAAACUUACUCAACUGUUUAUAACUUUUUGUUUUUUUUUUUUGUUUAG